AGAUUGGAUGAAAAUGAUGAGCCUCCCAUAUUUACAGAUUUAAUAGAAAACGAAAAGAAAAUAGGAACUGUUCGUAUAACAAAUCCUUUACCAAAAAUAGAGAGGAGGGAUGAGCUGAAGGAUAAUUAUAUGAAGUGGUUAAAAACUGAAAGAUUGAUGAGACCUAAUGAAAGAAGAUUGGAAUAUGAGCAAAUGCAGGAAAAAUAUUUGGAGAGCAUAAAAUUAACUCAUGAUAUAAAAAAGGACGUUAAGCUUGCAAAGGCAAUUAAAUCACAUUAUCCUAGAGGAAUCGUAGGAGUCGAUUCUAUAUAUAAUGAGAACACUGUACUUUAUAAAGAUCAACAUGAGGAAAUAAAGAAAAAAUAUGAAAUAAAAGAAAAGAGAUUAAAAGAAAAGGGGGAAGUCUUGGAAAAGCAUAACCAAAAAAAUGGGAACUUUUUAACCUUUCAAGAAAAUAAUUAA